GGCAAGGCGAGCGGCGGCCACAAAUGGGCCCGCUUUGCUGGCUCGCUCCUGUGCCUUCCCUUCCCCUUCCCUCCGGAUUGGACCGGGGGCUUAGCGGGCCUCGGUCGUCGUCGUCGUCAUCUGGCGGCGGGGGCCGGAGAGCGCGCCCGCCCCUUCUGUAGCUGCUCCAUCCCCGCCGAGGCAGCCAUGGCCGAGGUGCCCCCCGUGGUCCGCAUCAAGGUCUCGCUCAGGAUCCAGCCCGGCGACGGGCCCGUCUACUUCAAGGUGGACGGCCAGAGGUUCGGCCAGAACAGGACCAUCAAGCUGCUCACAGGGGCCAAGUACAAGCUCGAGGUGGCCAUGAAGCCGGGCACCAUCCAGGCCACGACGAUGGAGAUAGGAGGAGUAACUGUGCCCUUGGAACAGACCUCAAGAGAACCGCAGGCCGUUACUUAUACUGGAAUCUAUGAUACAGAAGGAGUUACUCACACCAAAAGUGGGGAGAGGCAGCCAAUACAAGUCAACAUGCAGGUCACUGACAUCGGCGCUUUCGAAACAGUCUGGCAGGUCAAAUUCUACAACUACCACAAGCGAGAUCAUUGCCAGUGGGGAAACAGUUUUGGAUGCAUUGAAUAUGAAUGCAAACCCAACGAGACACGCAGCCUCAUGUGGAUAAACAAAGAAACCUUCUUCUGAAGCAAAGUGGGACAGGUGUGGCUGGACAAUCUCUUGGUAAAAGAAGUUAUCUUCAAGCCAGUAUGAAGCCUUAGAAGAGGCACCUCUCUCUAGAUGCUUCUCUUUAACAAGCAAGACUACAAUCCAAAGCACACUUACUUGGGAAUAAGUUCCUUUUGAAAUUGAUGGCACUUGUUUCCGAGUGUUCAAGAUGUGAGUGUAUAAAAAAAAGAGUGCUGCUGGGAUCUGAACAUUUACCCCUUAAAUGUCCAAAUCCCACUGUGUUCAUGCGCAGAAGAAAAUGAGUGUUGCUGGGAUUUGAACAUCUACCACCAAAUCUGUGUUCCACACCUCCACUAUAGUAAACAUGGCAGUUGCAAAUGUUGCGGUGCCCGUGAAGAUCAUGAGGCUUCCACCUAUGUAGUAAUCUUCAGAUGUGAUGCUGUUUGUGACACACCCUGAAUAAUUGUUUUGAGAUUCAGCUGUGAUAUGGCCGCCUCUGUAUUUUUAUUUGUAGUAAAUCACUGUGCUCCUUCAUACUAGUGAGUGUGUGAUACAUUGUGGCCUAGCUACUGCUGUGCCAUAAACUUCAACAUACCUCCCUUCACCCUCCUACUAAUACAGUUCUACUAUGGGAUGCAGCAACUUCCAACUCUACUGUUCUGUGAUUCUAAGAGUGCAAAUUCCAGAUGAUCUAUAUCCAGUGACACAAUAGGCACAAGUUUAAUUUGCUUCGUUUUCCUGGCUGUGGGCGUGCUUGUGAUGGUGGGGAAGGGGGAGGUUGAACAUUAUAUAAUAUUCUGACUGGCUUUCCUAACGUGUGAGAUUUGUUGAGUUUCCCUAGUUCUGAAACAGCCCUGACAACCAACAGCAGCGAUGAAAUUCUUGACAAUCACGGAAGCGAGUGGGGAAGCAAUACAUCUGUGGUUUUAAGUUGUGUGUGUGUGUUGUUAACACCUGGUAAUGCUGUAAUUAAGUGUAAUGUUUGUACACCAAGCCCAAUGAGUUUUCAGAUUGCCUGUUCCAAUGGUAUUUUUAUAUGUAAAAUGAAAUAAACUUGGCUACUAGCCACUUUGGAGCCGCAACAGCUCUGUUGCACCAAACAGCAGCCUUUCAGGUCAAACGGGAAUGCAACGGGACUCUUUCUGAGUCAAAUGACUUUUCCAUAAGCUCAUGCAGGACUCUGAACUCUGGUGCUAUGUCCUAUGUAAAUCUGUUUACAGCAAAUGAGAAGCACAUUAUUUAUCUCUAAUAAAAUCGAAUAGGUGGAAUGUUGCUUCUCUCAUGUUCUACUGGAUUAAGGUGGUUGUGUCUGCGUUACAGUGCAUAUCAGCUGUACUUGUGUCCUUCAUGUGAACAAUCUAUAAAUUGUUGCUACUUUUUACCUUUGUCAAUAAAGGAGUAAGCAACCAGUGUUUCCCCUAA